UCCAAAGAAUGACACAUCACACAUCGAAGUCUAGAAGUAGAAUAAUAUAAGGAUAAAAUUACUCGUCUGUUAAAACAUUGCUUUAAAUUAUUGACUUGAUAGGUUAAUGGAAACUAAGUAAUUCAGAAUAAAGAAACGAAAAAAUCAUAUUAUACAAUUAAAUUUAUAUAUUGAUGAAGACUGCAUUACAUCAAAGAUUAGUGAUGGUUGGCGAUCGUGAUGGAUUAAAAGAAUUAUUGAGACGUAGAUUGGUUGAAUGUGGAUGGCGAGAUCAAGUAAAAUUAAUCUCGAAGGAACUGAUAAAGGAACAUGGUCACGAUAUCACUUAUGAUACACUGCUAUCUGCAGUGACGACCAGAGCUCGCACGCUUGUGCCAGAUUCUGUGAAGAAGGAGUUGUUGCAAAAAAUCAAGAAUCAGUUGAUAGCCCAAGAGGAAAAACUCAAGAUUGUGACAGACCGUUAAGAACUUAUCUAAUCCAUUAUUAAACUUUGGACAAUUAUUUAUUGGUACAAUUAUGCUGAUAUACAGUUGCAAAAGUUGUGAUAAAUAUCUUUCACAAAUUACAUGUAUAAUUUCUUGAUGAGAAACUCAUAAUGUUUGAUGUAUUACAGUCAUGAUGUAUCAAUCAUUAUGUAUUACAAGAUUAGAAAAAAUAACUACAAGAAAAAAAAUGUGAUAUAUGGAUUUAAAAAGAAUUAAUUGCUCUAUACUUUUAAAGAAAUGUAAAAAUGGAAAUAAAAUAUUUUAUAUCAAAGUAUACAUAAAAAAA